AUGUCCGAGAAGGCCGCUGUCCCCGUCUGGGUCUAUGUCAUCUUCCGGCGCAACCCCAGCAGCGGCCACGACAAGAUCAACGUCAACGAGAGCAACGAUGGGCCCGUCUUCUGGAACCGACGAGUCAUCUACGUCUUCUGUUGUUCAUGUCACUUCGAUACACACGAGGUAAGUUUUUUGUUUGAUAUUAUACUUUGGCUGUUACACGGUAUGUUUUAAGGUCAAAAAGUACAUAGAAAUGCCAACAAAAUGACAAUCUUUUCUAAUGUACAAAGAAAUAGGCUCUUGACCAAAAAAGUUGCGUUUUCUACCAUUUUCAACGAUAUAUAGGCUUAAAUAUUGGCAUAACGUUUUUGACAACAUGUGUAACAUAUACUCAUAUAAGCAUAAACUUUAAUUUGCUACAUUCCAAAGACCAGUAACGGGUUCACCGAUGUGUAACGUCUGUAGCAUUGUUUAUGUUCUGUAUGUUUACUCUGUUGUGUUUAUACGGAAAUGGCGGUUUCGUGCCCUUAGGGAAAUUCCGAGUAAAAGAUUAAUCAGAGAAUUACUUUUGCAAUUUAAAUAUUUCCGAUAAGGUUUAUGGCUCACUUCAAGAUGCUACGUCACGGUUUACGACCUUGGUUAAUUGCUUGUUCAACAUUUAACGGUGUUGAGCAAGGGAGCAGUACUGUAACAUAAAGGUUUACAGUAUACUUUUAGACUUGAAAUUAAAAGAAAGUUGGCUUGGUAAUGUAAUGUUAUGUGAUUUUGUAGUAAACAUAUCGCAAAACAGCAGAAAACCACAGUAACCUUCAUUUUUUAUACAUUACAUACCUAAUAGUACUAAUUCCAGCCCAAACUCAGAAGUAUUCUGGAGAAGUCGGCGCCCCAAGUAGAACGAGUAUGUUUGGUGGACCGACCGGUCGACUACCCCUUCCUCCCCGACAGCUUCUUCACUUUCCUAUGUACAAAGUUGAGUAAUCUGCAAGUAAGUAAACAGCAGUAGUAGUUGUAGUAAUGCUCUUCAGUUUGUUUAUCUUCGCGAAUUGGAUUUGGAGAAAGUCAAUCGGGGUACUGUAGCCAUCCUGUCCCAGCACAAAAAACUUAAGAAGCUCAUCGUGCACGGAUGCCGAAACUACGACGUCUUUCAGGACUUUCACGGGCUACCGCAGCUACUAGUCGUGAAGGGGGAGAUACUGGGACUUAAGGUAUGUUGAUGUAGGGUUGGAUAGCAUAAGGUAGUGAAGUGGACGAAAAGUAAAUAACGCUAGUACAAAUCAAAUCAUAUUUAACGUUAACCGUAUGUUCACCAUAAUAGUAAAUAGAUGUGCUAGGUAGAAAAUUAAAGUAACGAGUAUAUCUUCCAGGCCAUGAUCGGAGAUGUAGAUAUAGACAGUAAAAGUGGCUCACUAGACCAAUCGACUUCAUCGUACAGCGGCUCACAACUCAGUAGCGACGACCAUCAGAAGCACCGUUCCUCUCACAGCCCGAUUAUGGUGAACAGCGAUUGA